AUGGACUCUGUGGUAGAGCCAUUACGCGCAGCGAGUAACGAAGAAAUUGAACAAUUGAUUGAAAUCUAUGAAAAACAAAUACCCAAAUCCGUACAGUUUGUGUCGCUCUUGCAGAACAUUUUACGAAUAAAUAACUCGCUGCAUGGACGUGAGCGGGAAAAAGCUUCACCCAGGUUUCGGAAAACGAUUUACAUUCCAAACGAUGGAAACUUACUGCAGACAGCCACCUUCGUUGUUAUUAAUCCCGAAGAGGACAUAUACUACAUGAUAAAUACUCUGGAAAACCCUCCCGUUGAGCUUACUAACGUUCUUCAAACCACCAACCUUGUGAAGUGGCAUCACAGACCGUUAUUUGUUAUUGGUGGAGAUAAUGGAAUACAAGAGUGCUUACAUCAGUUAGUAACUGAAAGGAAUCUACAAAGUGAAAUUUUGUCCAAUUGCAUAAAUUAUUGGAUGCCAAGAGACAAAGCUAUCAAUCUUAGCUACUCUGUUCCCGAUGGAGUAGAAUUAAAGGAAUUGCGAGUAGAAGACGCUAAACAGAUGAACGAAUGGUGGCCACUUCGCUACAACACUUCUCAAUGGUAUUUUGAAUCAGCCAUACAACAUAACGGAGGACUAGGUCUGUUUGACAAAAAAGACGGCCAGCUUGUAGCGUGUGUGUUUAAAAAUGAUCACGAUGGAAUCGGUCAUCUUUAUACCAUACCGGAACGGAAUAACCGAGGAUAUGGAGGAACUCUCGCAAGAGCAAUAACUAAACGGAUUGCGAUUAACGAUAAUCAGCAUGUUCAUACUUUUAUUGAUCGCACUAAUGAACGAUCCGUACGAUUGUUUGAAAAAAUUGGAUACGUUGCCGUAAACCGAACAGAAUGGCACAAUAUUGUCAAACCUAGAUCAGAAUCAGAUGGAUAGAACUGCAAAAAACGCUUUUAACAAUAGCUGACAGAGCUAUAACAACUUGGCGUUCAACCUCUACCUUUCUGGGUUUGUUUCCUUGGUUAUUACUUAUCUCGUGUUGAA